UCCCCGCAGCAAGAGGACAGGAGCUCCGACCCCUCAGUUUCCUUCCAGAAAAGACGCUUCAUUCCUUCUGAAGGACGAUGGCUCACUUCAAACAUGCUUGAUAGAAGCAUUGCACUGUAGGCUCUGGGAGAACUCUGCAAUGGCAACGUGACGUCUGUCCAGCAACAAGCAUCACCAGCUUUUUCGCCCAGAGCGAAUCAUCAUGCUGAACCAAUGCAGAAUCUGUCCAUCAAGCUUCUCAUCCGGACUGUCAUUGAUGCAGAUGAACACUCCCAAGUGUCAAGAUCCAGCUUCUAUAGCAACAAGUCCAUCCUGGACACCAGUGGUGGAGCUGCCAGUUACACACCGGACGAGAAGUUUUUUUCUGCCUUUCCCGCACCGGACAAGCCUGUUGUUGCUGCCUUUCCCUCACCGGACAAGCCUGUUGUUGCUGCCUUUCCCUUACCGGACAAGCCGGUUGUUGCUGCCUUUCCCGCACCGGACAAGCCUGUUGUUGCUUUCCCGAUUGAUAUCAUUAUCGAUGAGGAAGAAUUCUUUGCCCCAGGGUAUGACUAUGAUUUCACCAAGCUGACUGAGACCAAUACCUAUUUGAGAGGUGAAGAGAAGUACGAGCGUCCAUGUGGUUGGUACCGAUUUGGACUCAAGGUGCUGGACAAGUAUCCUGGGACAACCUGGCUGGGAACCACGCACCGUAGCACCCAGUCAAGCCCAGGGGAGUGGCCUGUGUCUUACCAUGGGACGUCAAAUACAGGUGCCAGCGACAUCAUCGGAGAUCACUACGAGCCAGGAUCAGGGCAGUCCUAUGGCAGGGGGAUUUACUCCACACCGGACAUAAGUGUAGCGGACCACUACGCCAAAAGGUUCAUCUCCAGGAAGGAUGGCAAGACGUACAAAGUGGCUCUGCAGAAUCGAAACAACCCUGAGUACAGAGAGAAGUACAAUAACGACCUCUACUGGCUGGUCCCCAUUCCACAGGGAACAUCAAAAGAUAAAGAGCAUGAGCUGGUAGAGAGGGCCAUCCGUCCUUAUGGCCUUCUGCUGAAAGAGGUCUAACAGAGGAAGAUCUCUCUCUCUCUCUCUCACUCACUCACUCACUCACUCACUCACUCACUCACUCACUCACUCACUCACUCACUCACUCACUCACUCACUCACUCACUCACUC